AUAAGAAACCCACUUUCCACUGCUUGAGAGUUGAAAGCAGCCAAAGGGGAGAACAGAUCAGAGCAGAGCUUGGUGAUUUAAAACAAUUAACCAAUUUAAUGGAGAUGAAUAGCAUCUUCUCUGACCUGUUUGCGUUUGGAUCGGGAUCAACGUCGGCGGACAAGCGAGAGACUUCGACUUCAUCUGACGGAGGCACUGAGCGGGGAGCUUCUCACUCUGACGAGGAAGUUCAUCUGCUGGCCACGAGCAGACCGAAGAAACGUGCUGGACGGAAAGUGUUCAAAGAGACUCGGCAUCCCAUUUUCAGAGGCGUCCGGUGGAGGAACGGAGACAAAUGGGUGUGCGAAUUGCGGGAGCCUCACAAAAAGGCUCGCAUUUGGCUUGGAACCUAUCCUACACCAGAGAUGGCUGCGCGAGCACAUGACGUGGCUGCGUUGGCGUUCAGGGGAAAGGGUGCCUGCCUCAAUUUCGCCGAUUCUGCUUGGAGGUUGCCUGUUCCGGCUUCAAUGUCGGCUGUGGAUAUCAGGAGUGCUGCAACUGAGGCGGCGGCAAUGUUCAGGCCUCAACAAGUUGAAGCAAAACAGGAUGAGGGCAGUGAUUCGACGCAGGAAAGCCGUAAGGCAGGCGAGGGUGAAGUAAUUUCUAGCUAUGACUAUGAUGCAAAAAGUGAGAAAACAUGGGAUGCAAAUAUGCGUUGGUCGGAGUUCGUGGAUGAAGAAGUGAUUUUCGAUAUGCCAGGCUUGCUUGUUGACAUGGCUCAAGGGCUUUUGCUGUCUCCACCUCGUUGUGAUUCUGUUAGCAGGGAUGUCGAGGCUGAAACUGAGGUGUCAUUAUGGAAUUUUCCAUUUUGAUGCAAUUGGAAUUAGCAAAUUCAUUCCUUCAUUCAUUUUACAUGUAACUUGCAUAUAGAUUCUUAUGAUGACUCUGAGUUUGGAGUCUGGGAUAUUAUUUACUUUUUUUUUUUUUUUUUUUUUGAAUAGACAAGGGUGGAUUCGAACCCACCACGAGGAGGGACAAUGCACCUCCAAGAUAGGCCGAAGGCUACUUGACCCAAAGGGUUAGAUGUAUACAUUAUUUGAUCAUUG